AUGAGCAGAGUUUCAACAGCAGCGCACGUAGCUCGUCGAGCAGCUCAGAAGGAGAAGGUUCAGAUCCUCUACAGGAAAGCCCUCAGAGACACUCUCAACUGCGCCGUCCACCGCCACCUCUUCUACCCAGAUGCUGAUGCCCCCCGCGAGAGGUUUGAAACCAACAAGCAUGUGGAAGAUCCUGACACCAUUGAUAGACUCAUAGCGAAUGCCGAAGCCACUUACAAUAUGUGGCGCCAUCCUGAUCUUUACAUUGUUCCUUGGGCCUCUGGUGGUUCUAAGUUUCACCGAAAUCCUAUUCACCUGCUGGGAUUGAGAUAGUAUACGACUAUGGAAAAGAGGAUAACGACUAAAAACUCAAAUGUUUUUCUGCACAAUAA